AUGGCAACAGCCAUUUCCCAUGGUGGUAUAAACUCUGGAUUCCAAGCAGGAGUGAUUCACGGUAAUGUUGAGAAUGUCACUUUUGUACAACCGGAAACGCUGAACCAAGCAUGCCUUCGGGAUCUGCGUACAACCAAUCCUCUCGAUGAUAAAGAACGGAUCAAGAAGACCAAAGGGGGACUGCUCAAAGAGUCAUAUCGCUGGAUUCUAGAAAACGAAGAAUUCAAGCAAUGGCAAAAUAGCCGAAAAAAUCGUCUCCUCUGGAUCAGAGGUGAUCCUGGCAAAGGCAAGACGAUGCUUAUAUGUGGUGUCAUCGAAGAGUUGACACGAUUAUAUGGGGAAAAUGCCAAUAUCUCGUUCUUUUUUUGUCAGGCUGCUGAUAUGCGAAUCAAUAGCGCAACGUCUGUCCUACGGGGGUUGAUAUAUUUACUUAUUGAAAAGCAUCCCUCCCUCCUCCCUCAUGUGCGAGCUCGGUACGACAAUGCUGGGAAGGCCCUGUUUGAGGAUGUCAAUGCAUGGAAUGCACUCUUGACGAUCUUCAGGGAUAUUCUAAGAGACCCGACCUUACAAAUGACUUAUUUUGUAAUCGAUGCUCUAGAUGAGUGCAUAAAUGGGCUUGAUUCUCUUCUAGACUUUAUUGUUCAGGAGUCCAUUACAGCCCAGCUAUCUCCAGUUUCAUUAGAGCUGAACGAGGCGUCUGUGUCUGAAGCUGUGAAUUAUUUCAUUCAACAUAAAGUUCGCGUAUUGGCGCAAGCUAAAAGGUAUAGCGAUACAACUCGGGAUGCUGUUCAGCGCUAUUUAUCAUCAAACUCGCAAGGCACCUUCCUAUGGGUGGCCUUAGUGUGUCAAAAUCUUGGAAAGAUACGAACACAUGUGCUAAAGAAGCUUAAAUUGUUUCCUCCUGGGCUAGAUUCUCUAUACAGUCGAAUGAUUGACCAGGUUUGCGGGUCGGAAGAUGCUGAGCUCUGUAUGCAAAUACUGGAAAUCAUGUUGACAGUCUUUCAGCCUAUCACGCUAAAUGAACUGACUUCCCUUAUUGAACUACCGGAUGAUGACAACGAUGACCAUGCUCUCCUUAAGGAGAUUAUCGCAAUCUGUGGAUCGUUUCUAAUAUUACGGGAACAUACUAUCGUGUUUAUCCAUCAGUCCGCAAAGGAAUUUUUACUCAAGGAAGCACUUGAUAAGAUAUCCCCCGGAGGUAUAGAAGCUAAACACAAAAUGAUUUUCGCGCGAUCUCUCGAUGUCAUUUUCAAGGCACUUCGUCGUGAUAUCUACAACAUCAGAUUACCUGGAUUCCCCACCAAAGAUAUCAGCAAACCUAGCCCAGAUCCACUAGUAGCGGUAGAAUACUCGUGUAUCUACUGGGUGGACCAUCUCCAAGGCAGCAAGCGUAAUGUAACUCCUGAGCUUAGCCUUUAUGAUAUGGGUCGCGUGGAUGCGUUUCUACAACAGAAACUCCUUCACUGGCUUGAGGCUCUUAGCAUUUUAGGGAGGGAAGAGAGCCAGAAGCCCUAUUACAUCGAGUUCGAGACGCCUCUAGGUUCAUUCGAUAUCAUAGGAAAGCAAUUGAGAGCAGCCCUCUACAAAAUCUGGGAUCCGGCCACCGGCCAGAGCCUAUUUACCCUUGAGGGGCAUAGUGGUUCAGUCUGGUUGAUUGCCUGGUCGCAUGAUGGAAGCCGACUCGCAUCAGCAUCCUCCGAGAUAGUCAUCUGGGAUCCAGCCACCGGUCAGAGCCUAUUCACCCUCGAGGGGCAUACUGGUUUAGUACGGUCGAUUGCCUGGGCGCAUGAUGGAAGUCGACUCGCAUCAGCAUCCUCUGAGAUAGUCAUCUGGGAUCCAGCCACCGGUCAGAGCCUGUCCACUCUCGAAGGUCAUGGUGGUUUAGUCCUCUCAAUUGCCUGGUCGCAUAAUGGAAGCAGACUCGCAUCAGCGUCGGAUGAUAAGAUAGUCAGGAUCUGGGAUCCGGCCACCGGCCAGAGCCGAUUUAAUCUUGAGGGACAUAGUAACUGGGUCCUCUCGAUUGCCUGGUCGCACGAUGGAAGCCGACUUGCAUCAUCAUCCUCUGAUAAGACAAUCAGAAUCUGGGAUCCGGCCACCGGCCAGAGCCUAUUCACUCUCGAGGGGCACAGUAGUUCGGUCCUCUCAGUUGCCUGGUCACAUGAUGGAAGCCGACUCGCAUCAGCAUCCUCUAAUAAGACAGUCAGAAUCUGGGAUCCGGCCACCGGCCAGAGCCUAUCUACUCUCGAGGGGCAUAGUGGCUCGGUGUGGUCGAUUGCCUGGGCGCAUGAUGGAAGUCGACUCGCAUCAGCAUCCUCCGAGAUAGUCAUCUGGGAUCCAGCCACCGGUCAGAGCCUGUCCACUCUCGAGGGUCAUAGUGAUUGGGUCCUCUCGAUUUCCUGGUCGCAAGAUGGAAGUCGACUUGCAUCAGCAUCCUCUGAUAAGACAGUCAGGAUCUGGGAUCCAGCCACCGUUCAGAGUCUGUCCACUCUCGAAGGCCAUAGUGGCUUGGUCCUCUCGACUGUCUGGUCGCAUGAUGGAAGCAGACUCGCAUCAGCGUCGGAUGAUAAGAUAGUCAGAAUCUGGGAUCCGGCCACUGGCCAGAGCCUAUCUACUCUCGAGGGGCAUAGUAACCGGGUCCUCUCGAUUGCCUGGUCGCACGAUGGAAGCCGACUUGCAUCAGCAUCCUCUGAUAAGACAGUCAGGAUCUGGGAUCCAACCACUGGCCAGAGCCUAUCCACUCUCGAGGGGCAUAGUGGUUCGGUUUGGUCGGUUGCCUGGUCGCAUGAUGGAAGCCAACUUGCUUCAGAGUCGGAGGAUAAGACGGUCAGGAUCUGGGAUCCAGCCACCGGCCAGAGCCUCUCUACCUGCCUAAUCAGUCCCCUUCAAUUAGAUAAAUUUGAUUUGAAUCGCCUAUUGACAGAUAACGGUACAUUUGACAUGGGCAAUAUGGAUAUGGCUUAA